UAAUAAAACCAUCGCUCCGAUUGGCUGAAUUUGGCUUGUUUUUCAAACACUACGGCGGCGCUUUAUGUGCCCAAACACAUCUUUCUUUUUCGUAAUUAACAAUUGCCUUUUGCAAAAACAUGGGGUGCUAACUAUGUAACUACUUGCCUGGAAGGUGGAUUCUGUUCUUGUGAAUUUGAAUCGCAUGAAGGGGUCGUUGUGAGGGAGGCGGGUGCUCAAGUUCGGGAUAAGUCGCGUUGUGUAUUGUAUCUUGGAGGCUGUGACAACAAAUCGACUCAUCCUUUGGUUAUUUUACAGCGUAAGAAUUGCAUGCCAACAUUGACUUAAACUACAUUCAUGGUUUGUUAAGACGAAUCCUACCGCUCUUAAUGUUGUUCCUUGACAAUGUGAUUUUCUUUGUUCAAAUGUAUGCAGGGCAUGGAAAAUGUCGAAUCUCAGGAACAAUGACAGACCUCCCCCGUUUCAGCAGCCACUUCGGACAAUAGCCACAAGUAACACGAUUCAGAAUCUGUUCUUAAGAGAAAAGAGCAAAAUGAAUUCCCCUAUGUCAAACCUGGCCAUGAACUUGAGUGAACUCAGUACUAAAGGAGGGACCCCCAGGAGAAAGUUAUCCCUGUCCAGCAUCGAUACUCCUCCAACAUGUGGUUCAGCGGUACAAGGCCAGGAAAGCUCAACAGAAUCAGGGUGCUUUGUGGAUUCCCCAACACUUGUGGACUCCCCAACCUUAGAGAUGAGUUUGAACCGUUUUGCAAAGACAGUCAAGCCUGAGAUUCCAGUAGAGGCUUUCACAAGAAAGAAGACCAUCUCCUUCAGAAGAAUUCAGUCCAUGCCGCUUCCCAUGAUGCGCCUGAGCCCGGUUGACUUCCUGGACAAGGAGAAUGACUGUUCUGUCUCUCCACCAACCAGUGAUGCCUCUCCCAUAGUGAGCCCCACCCAGGUGGUGUCUCCACCCAUCCCCUCCCUCAGGUCUCCACAGAUGUCCAGUGGUAAAGUCAAGUUCUUCCUGGAUGAGAACAGUUCCCAGGACAGCGGUGUUUGUCUGACAGAUAGGGAAGAAGACUCUCAUGAUGAGUUCCACUUUGUGGCCCCCAAAGGUGUGCCUAAACGCAACAAGGUGAUGAGGAUCAUCAGUGAGGACACCUGCUCCCCCAUCAAGUACUCCCCUGUCAAAAGCUGUGGCCAAGAACCCCGACAACGCAAGGCCUCAGCCACUGGCUUGGACUUUGCAAACAUUACCCUUUCUCCACAAGUUGAGUCCACCAGUCCCCUAAAGACGAAUGCCAUCCUGAAUGACGAGGAGGAGAGGGAAACUGACGACGGCUUCCUGGACAGCUUCAUGGACCAGGAAGUAGCAGAGAUCAAUGACAACAUUCCAAGUAGUAUGUGCCAGUUGUUGAGUGCUCCCGUACUUAACUCCACAGCUAUUUCUACAGAUGAUACUGACAAUGAAACUCCAAUUAUUCGACGAACACAGAGAAGAUUGCUUCAGAGAUCUCAAUCUACGAUGGAGUUCAAACAUAGGCGGAAUUCAUCUAAGCGAGACCGUGAUGAGAACACUCCCGUCCAGAGUAAGAGGAGGCGGCCUUUUUCUGUCGAUGUCACUAGUCCAUUCGAGGAAUCAAAGAAAACCUUGAAGCCCAAACUUCACCGAUGUCACUCGGAGUCAGAGGCCAUGAUCAAGUCUGCCCUGAACAGAGUCGCUGACGAGCCUGACCUGAUAGGAGAUUUCUCUAAGCAAUACUGCCUUCCUACCAUCCAAGGCAAGCAUUCCGACCUGAAGGCUAUCUCAGCACAAACACUGACGCAAGUUCUGGCUGGAGAGUAUGACCAUGUAAUCGAGCAAGCCAUCGUUGUUGACUGUCGUUAUCCUUACGAAUACGAAGGCGGCCAUAUCAAGGGAGCCCAGAACCUCUACACCAAGGAGAGCAUCAUGCAGACAUUCCUGAAAACACCAAUGACCUCUGAGGAUCCCGAAAAACGAAACAUCCUCAUCUUCCACUGCGAGUUCUCAUCUGAGCGUGGCCCUAAUCUGAGCCGGUUCCUGAGGAAGUUUGACCGAGACUCCAACAAGGACUGCUACCCCCAACUCCACUACCCCGAGCUCUACCUGCUGGAGGGGGGCUACAAGAACUUCUACGAGAACCAGAAGGCAUUCUGCGAGCCCCAGACCUACAAGCCGAUGCUCCACAAGGACCACUCGGAGGAUCUGAGACACUUCCGCCUUAAGUCCAAGUCCUGGGCCGGAGAGAAGACCAACCGACCAGGAUUCCGUCCACUCAAGUUCUGAUCACCCUCCCGCAGCUGCCAGCCAUCUGUCUCUUAUUGUCCUGUUUUUGUUUUAUGUUAGAUUUUUUAUUAUUUUUCUUUUAUGUUUUAUGUCUGUUUUAACUGUUGUCUUUUUCUCUCUUUCUAUCGAUCUAACUGUUAUGUUUGUCUAAGACACUACACAAAAAAGAAGAACUCUGACUGCCAUUACCUCUGAUGGUGGAUGUAAUGGCAGAUUGUGUCGUGAUAUGUGAUUAUGACUAUGGCAGCAAUAAGUGCUUAUCUUCUGUGGGUCCAGCCCCUCUGUAUAUAGGUAUACGUACAGUUGUACAGACCUGUACAAACCUCACACUAUGUAUAGGGGUCAAUUAAUCUAUAUGUCUGAUGUAUCUGUAAAUAAGACCCCAGACCUUUAUUUAUGCAGUGUACAGUUACCUCUGUCAUUGCUUAGUGAGUGAAUGUUGUCUGUUGAAGUGAUUGUCUGUGUGUCUGACUGUGUGGUAGAUCAACCUUUAUUGUUAUUAUCAUGUCUGAUUUAUUUAUGUAGAGUCUUCAUAUAUUCUUAUUUAAUAAAGUUCCCAUAUCAAAGAAAUAUUCAAAUUUCCAAACACCUUCAAACCCAAAUUUUUGAAAUCGGUAUUCUUCCUGUUUUCUGGUAUGAAACAGACUCUACAGCUGAUAGUUUCAUAAUGAUCAAACUACACUUGUAUGUGUGUGUGCGAGGUGUGAUGAGUAAAUGUUGUGAAGUGUGCAGACUGAGAGCAGUUAUCUGCCAUUGUAGUGCUGAGAUAGUGCCGACCUGUUAAGUCAUGAGCUUGUACAUACUGUGUACAGUGUACAGAAAUUCUUGUACAGAGAGCUUUAUAUUUAUUGACAAAGCCAUAUAUUUAUCUCCCAAGAUUUUGCUGUAUUCCUAACUCACUGUUAUUACUUAGUAAUUCUAGAACAUGAGGCAGAAGUGAAAAGGAUAGUUCAGUAGGCUCGACAGGCUUAGUGGUGAUUGCUGUUGUGUGGAGAAAUAUGGUUUAAAGAAUAUAGGGUUAACAAGUGGUUUUCAGUGUGGAGAGAUUAGGUUAGAACCGGUUUAGAUUUGAGAGAUGGUUGAUGGUCAGUGUGUCAUAGAAGAAAAGUAUGUGUCCAUGUAGAAUGUUAAGCAAGUGUUUGUCUUGGUUUUGUAUUGUCUUAAAAAUUGUCUGGUUAAUUCAGGUUUUUUUCUGGUGAGAUAAAGUUAAUCCCCCAAUUAGAGACCUUUGAUUAUAUUUAAUAGUGUGAAACACAAAUUUUUGAUAGAACUGAUGUAGACUGGUAAAUUUGUCUCUCCUCUAAAGCUUUGUGUACAGUGUUGUGUGAAUAGUCUGAAUUUAAGUUAUUGGUAUUUAUUGUUCCUUGUGUGAAUAACUCAGUAGUCAUAACUAGUGAAUUUUUGUAGUGUCUUAGUGAAUUUUAGUGUUUGUGUAUUUUAGCAUGAUGAAUGGUUCCUCAGGAGUUUUAAUUCUGUAACAAGCGGUGUAUAAAAGAUUUUAGAGUGUGUUGAGUAGUUGUUCUGAAGAGGUUUUAGCUCACCUGGUUUUAAGGAGUGGUGGUGCUGUGUAGGGGUGUGACAUUGAGGUCAAAGGUCACCAUGUGAUUUUACUUGUAAUGUAGGAGGUGCAAUACACACAUUUAAAGAUCUAUCAGAGAUUAGAAUCAAGAGUCUUAUUUUUAUCAGUAGAGUUUUAUGGAGAAGUUUUAGUGUGAUAAGUUGUGUGACUGAACAUUUCCAAAGCUUCAGGCCCAUCAAAGAGUGAUAGAGAGAUUACAGUAAAAAAUCAUUGGACUAUGUUACAUUUUAUUGCCAUUACAGCACAUAUAGCUCAUAUUAUAUAUAGGAGAAAUACCUGUACUUGCAGAUUAUAUGUAAUAAAAUUUUUACUAAUCUGAA